AUGUCCAGCAAGAACCCGAUCCGCCUCCCGCCACUGCGCGUGCUGCGCGUGCGCCACCCCAACCGCGCAGAAUCGAACCCCUGCAUAACCGUGAUGUCCUCCGUCCUGGCAUGCUGGGCCUCGGCCGGCUACCACGGAAGGGGGUGCACGACGGUGGAGCAGGCGCUGCGCGCAUGCAUGGACGCCCCGCCGCCGCCGCCCAAGAGCUCCAACACGAUCAACUACCACCUCGCCCGCUUCUCGAAACGGCUGAUCGCGCAGGGGAAGAAGAAGAAAUAA